AUGAAGUCUGCUCUGGCUGUAUCCGCAGCUCUCUCUGUUCUAUCAGCAACAGCAGACGCCUACACCAACCCGCUAUCUUGUAGUGGGACUUGCACAAACGCCCACGACCCCUCCCUCGUUCGUCGCGACGACGGCACCUACUACCGCUUCUCCACCGGCGGCAAAGUCGCGGUCCACACCGCGCCCUCAAUCCAAGGUCCAUGGACGUACAAGGGCGCCGCCCUACCCAACGGCUCUAAGAUCAACAAAGCUGGCAACCAGGAUCUCUGGGCCCCAGACGUGAUCAAAGUCGGCUCGAAAUACUACCUCUACUACUCGGUCUCGGCCUUCGGUGGCCAGGACUCCGCUGUCGGUGUAGCAACGUCAACGACUAUGGAUGUGGGCUCCUGGACUGAUUUGGGCAGUACUGGUGUGGAAUCUGUUGCAGGCAGCAAGUUCAACGCCAUCGAUGGUAAUUUGCAGUCCGCGAACGGAAAAUUGUACAUGAACUUUGGAUCUUUCUGGAGCGAUCUGUUCCAGAUCGAGAUGACGGCCACACCAACCAAGGUGGCAAAAGCAGUCACUGCCGCAACGCAGGUAGCGCUCGUACCAACAUCUCCUCAAGCGCAGGAGGCUGCUUUUGGGUACCAGUAUGGAAACUACUACUACUUGUUCUUCAGUGUAGGGAGCUGCUGUGGUUUCGACACGAGUCGGCCUGCUGCCGGGAAGGAGUACAAGAUCCAGGUCUGUCGAUCGAGCUCUGUAUCAGGGCCGUUUGUUGACAAGAGCGGCAAGUCUUGCCUCCAAGGUGGCGGUACCACCGUUCUCGAAUCCCACGGCUGGGUCUAUGGUCCUGGUGGUCAAGGAAUCCUCAGCGAUACCUCACUCGGCCCAGUUAUCUACUAUCACUACGUUGAUACACGUAUCGGAUAUGCCGACGGCCAGAAGCAGUUCGGUGUCAACAAACUUGACUUUUCGAGUGGGUGGCCGGUCGUGUGA